ACUCCCAAAGCAGUUUGCCAAGUCUUGUGUCACUAUAACCUGGCACGGAGUAAUCCUCCUCACAACCAUGAAGUCAACAUUUAUCGUUCUGCUUCUCAUCCUGGCAUGUUGCUGUUAUUCUGAUGCACUUGUCUGUAAACCUCUCACAGACAUUCUAAAUAUAGGGAUCUUUAGAUCAAAUGAUGACCUUAAAAAAGAACUUUCCAAGUACACAACUGACACUGUGACCUUAAAUGCAGCAAUCAAGUUGAAAGACUGCAUCAACUCACUGUCACUCCUCCAAAAAGUGGCUGUACUGACUUUGACGGGAGAAAUACUGAAGGUUUGCUGAUCAGCUGCAGUUGGCAAACAAUGCUGACUGAAUGACACAUCCUUUCACUUUCCACUUUCACCCCUCAUCUCUCUUUAGAAGAUAUUAAUCAUGCUCUACAAUACUAAGAGAAGCCUUCUACAAAAUGUGUGUAACAUUCAUACUUUGUGGUUCAUUAAAUUCCUUACCUCAUGUUCUACUAUCUGAGUAAUUGACAAAUGUUCUAUUGUCUUUCUUAAUGAAUUACUGGGAAACAGACAUAAUUUUCAGUUGCAAGCCCUCUGGUAACUCAUGUUUCUGCUAAUAUGUGAUGUUAUAUGGUUGAUAAUACCUGAGAGUUUCUCUUUAAGUGUAAAACAGUUUCAUAGAUUAUUGAU